GUAUAAUUUAUGUAAAAAGUUGGGAAGGACAGAGCUUCGCCUGCUAGAACCUCGGCUUCUUCAUUUCUCACCCGAUCCCCAACUCCACCCCCUCACACACCAGAACCCAUCGAGAGAACAUAUCCCCAUGAUUCAAGUGCUGAACAGGGUUUCUUAUGGUAUGUAAAGAUGACAACUGUUCAUAUGACAACUGAUCAACCCAAAAAAUUGGAUAAUCCAGCAGCGCAAUCUGCUCCCAGGUUUCAAAACUCGGCUUCAAAGUUCAGUAGGUGGGGCAGGAAAGCACCGUUUAUACGAUAUGGUCUUCCAAUGAUUUCACUGACUGUGCUUGGGGCUCUUGGACUUGGUCACCUACUGCAAGGCAGCAAGGAUAUUGCUAAAGUGAAGGAUGACCAGGAGUGGGAGAUUAUCGAGACGAGAAAAGCACUGUCAAGAACAGGACCUGUGAAUGCGUAUAAGCCUAAAAAGAUUUCGCUGGAGGAAGAGCUGAAGACUUUGCAGCAGAAGGUUGACAUAGAAAAUUAUGAAUACAAGAAAAUUCCUAAGCCCAAUGAAGAAAGGUGAAGUCAGAAGUUUCUCAAAAUUUUGCCAGGCUUCGAGCAUCUGUUUUCUCGACAACCAGGACCUCGAUCCUUGAAAGGGCGAGUGCCUGUUUAAUUGAGCCAGUGAUGGAUAUGUAGAGAAAAACCCAUCUGCACAAGUGUCUGAUUUUGGUCUUAGGUGUUUUAUUGAUGAACCAUGUUACUUUAAGCUAUUGUAAACAAUACUCCCUCCGUCUCAAUUAUAUAGACUUGUUUCGUUUAUCACACGAAUUAAGAAAUCUUCUUUAAUGUUAUUGGAAAAUUAAUUUUCGCCAA